CUGCCACUCGACUGUAAGAACGCUAUCGACGCUGACGCGGUUAUCGACAAGAUACAUCCCUUGAAAAUAAAUCUUAAGGAUGUUGAUGGGUUAACGAGGGAGAACGCUGGACGUCUCAUGCGUGGUGAAUUGAACCGAACAAUUUUCCCAUGCACUCCUUACGGAUGUUUAUACCUUGUUCAAAAAGCGACAGGAGACGAUAACUACGUCAGUGGAAAGAACGUUGUCGUUUUGGGGCGGUCGAAAAUCGUUGGUGCACCAGCGGCUGCCUUGUUUUUGUGGCAUCACGGAACUGUCACCAUUUGCCAUUCGAAAACGCGAAAUAUAAAGGAGCAGUGCUUGAAAGCAGACAUUCUUGUAGUGGCCAUUGGAAAGAAGCAUUUCGUGAAAGGUGACUGGAUUAAACCGGGCGCAGUUGUGAUCGACUGUGGAAUAAACGUAGAGGAAGCAACAGAACCGGGAAAGAAAAACAAGCUUUACGGCGAUGUCGAGUUCGAAGAAGCCAAAAAGGUCGCUGGCUACAUUACUCCUGUGCCAGGCGGAGUUGGUCCAAUGACAGUUGCCAUGCUCAUACGAAACACCUAUGAACAAGCAGUAGCAAGGAGAUUACAUCAAAAGGCAUCGCUGAAUUAG